AUGAAGAUCAAAUAUCUGCUGUUUGAUUGCGACAAUACCCUGGUGCAAUCGGAGGAUGUCGCCUCGGAAAUCUGCUGCGAGUUGAUUAACGAGGUGUUGGAAAAGAGGGACGUCGCCAUCCGGUUCUCGCCUGAGGACCUGAUCUCGGAGUUUGUUGGUCUUAACUUUCGCCGAAUCCUGGUAACUCUGCAACAACAACUUGGUUUCGAACUGAGCGAAGGCGAGUUGAAAGCCUACAAUGCUAUCCAAGAAGAUCGGGUGGUUGCCAACAUUGAAGCGAAGAUUCAACCAUGCCCUGGCGUGACCGAAACACUUGCCGGACUCCACCAAUCCGAUGACUUCAUCCUUGCUGUCGCUUCUUCCUCAUCACUCCGCCGCAUUCGCACCUGCCUACGCGUGACGGGACUGAUCAAGUACUUUGACGGCGACAAGAUCUUCUCCGCGUCUGAUUCUCUUUCUGCUCCAUCGAGCAAGCCCGAUCCCGGUGUCUACCUCCAUGCGCUUGAGAAGCUCGGUGCUCAGGCAGGGGAAUGUCUGACUGUUGAGGACAGUAUGUCAGGAGUCGGGGCCGCUGUGGGUGCGAAGUUGAAGUGCUUGGGAUAUGUUGGGUCGACUCAUACACUAGGACAAAGAACCGAGAUGGCUAGACAACUUCUUGAUGCAGGAUGCAUUGAUAUCAUGUGGCACUGGGGCAGUUACAGCGAGCACCUAUCCACCGUCCAAAGUCAAGAUAGCGACGAGCCGGGUAGAGUGAAACAGCCGCAGGGAACAAAUUGA